ACCACACACACACACACACACACACACACACACACACACACACACACACACACACACACACACAGCCAGGGAGACGGGAAAGAAUCCUAGGGAGACAGAGUGAGCGCCUGCCGACCUGCAACCAUGGCCGACAUGGACUCUCUGACAGAGGCGUUGAGUGCCAUCAGCGUGAGCACCGAGCUGGUAGAGCAGGAGUUGAAGCCUCAUCUGGACACCCUGCUGGCUGUGCUACUGGAGAAGAGGAAGGGUGCUGCUGAGGAGAUCGCCUCCAGUGGGAUCCUUCCCAUCUUAGCCCAGUCCCUCAGGGUGAAGAGUCCUCUCACCAACCAAGUGGCGUUGGUGGUGGCAGAAAUGGCCAGGGAAGCGGCGGUGAGGGACCCGUGCAUUGAUGCUGGGCUGGUGACGGUUCUGGUGCCCCUGCUGAACAGUGCAGACGAGGAGCUGCUGCUCCACACUGGCAGAGCCAUCGGACGCAUCUGCUUCGACAACACGGCCCAGCAGGAUCAGCUGGUGCAGUGUGGGGUGAUCCCCAGGCUGGUGGCCAUCAUGAGGGAGAACCUAGAGAACGACCCACUGGUAAACGUGUGUCUGCUGGCCCUCUGUAACCUGGCCGACAUGGACACGACGCGGGAGGCUCUGGUAGAGGUGGGCGUGGCGGAGGUGCUGACGGCUCAGCUAAAACGGGCUACUGACGCAGAGAGAAGACACAUCAUACUGGAGGUUCUGGGAUCACUGGGAGAGAGUGAUGUUCUGAAGCUGCAGUUUGUGGAGUCGGGGGUUCCUGAGGCUCUGUCCGAGAUGAUUCGGGGGCUACAGGGUGGCUCUGACCCCCAUGACCUCUGCAGCAUCAAGAUCGCCUCUAACCUCAUCGUUUCCCUCCUGCUGGGAGAUGAGUCCAUGCAGAAGUGUUUUGGCGAGGGCACGGGGGUGGUGUACCGGGAUGUACUCUCUUGGCUGCAGUCCUCCAACACUCAGCUGCAACUGUCUGGAGCCCUGGCCAUCGCCAACUUUGCCAGGAAUGCCAGUAAUAAGGUAAGGAUGCUGGAGGACGGGGUGAUCGAGAAAUCAGGACCUUGCUGCGCUCUGACAUGCCCCAGUGCAGUUCAAACUGCUGGGCACCCUGCGCAUGUGGUGGAUGGACAAGGUUCGUGGGAAAGGUGUAUGGUGAAAGAGAAUGGGAUGUGUGCUUAA